UAGGCGGCCUAGAGGCGUCCUACACCUUUUGAUGUUUCUUUUGUUAUCUCUGAGUUCUGUGCUUGUGGUGCGGAGCUGCCAAUGACCCAGGAAGCUGUCUCUGCCCCUUGCUGCCUCCAGGCAGAGAUUCCCAGAAUCCUGGAGGAGCUGUGCCAGAGAUCCGUGGAGUCCAGCCAUUUAGGCCACCUCCCUGUCCCCACACAGCCUGGUGUGCAGAUGAUGAAACUGAGUCUCCGAGGAGUGGAGUGACUUGCCCUUGAUCACACCAAUUAUCCCUUCUCUCUGGAGUCCCAGGUCCUCCUGCUGCAACUCCUACCUAGACCAUGUCUUCCUCUGAUGAAGAAACGCUCAGCGAACGGUCCUGCCGGAGUGAGCGGUCGUGUCGGAGCGAGCGGUCUUACCGGAGUGAGCGGUCAGGGAGCCUGUCUCCCUGUCCCCCUGGGGACACCUUGCCCUGGAACUUGCCACUACAUGAGCAGAAAAAGCGGAAAAGCCAGGACUCUGUGCUGGACCCCGCAGAGCGUGCUGUAGUCAGAGUUGCUGAUGAGCGGGACCGGGUUCAGAAGAAAACAUUUACCAAGUGGGUCAACAAGCACUUGAUGAAGGUCCGCAAGCACAUCAAUGAUCUUUAUGAAGACCUGCGAGACGGCCACAACCUGAUCUCUCUGCUAGAAGUCCUCUCGGGCGUCAAAUUGCCCCGAGAGAAGGGCAGGAUGCGUUUUCACAGGCUGCAGAAUGUGCAGAUUGCCCUCGACUUCCUGAAGCAGCGACAGGUGAAGCUAGUGAACAUUCGCAAUGAUGACAUCACAGACGGCAACCCCAAGCUGACCCUGGGCCUGAUCUGGACCAUUAUUUUGCAUUUCCAGAUCUCUGACAUCUACAUCAGUGGGGAGUCAGGGGACAUGUCAGCCAAGGAAAAACUACUCUUGUGGACUCAGAAGGUGACAGCUGGUUAUACGGGAAUCAAAUGCACCAACUUUUCUUCCUGCUGGAGUGAUGGGAAGAUGUUCAAUGCACUUAUUCACCGAUACAGACCUGAUCUGGUAGAUAUGGAGAGGGUGCAAAUCCAAAGUAACCGAGAGAAUCUGGAACAGGCUUUUGAAGUGGCCGAAAGACUGGGGGUCACCCGGUUGCUGGAUGCAGAAGAUGUGGACGUACCAUCUCCAGAUGAAAAGUCUGUAAUCACUUACGUGUCUUCAAUUUAUGAUGCCUUCCCUAAAGUCCCUGAGGGCGGAGAAGGGAUCAGUGCUACGGAGGUGGACUCUAGGUGGCAAGAAUACCAAAGCCGAGUGGACUCCCUCAUUCCCUGGAUCAAACAGCAUACAAUUCUGAUGUCAGAUAAAUCUUUUCCCCAGAACCCUGUUGAACUAAAGGCACUUUAUAACCAAUAUAUACACUUCAAAGAGACAGAAAUUUUGGCCAAGGAGAGAGAAAAAGGAAGAAUUGAGGAAUUAUAUAAAUUAUUAGAGGUGUGGAUUGAAUUUGGGAGAAUUAAGCUGCCUCAAGGAUACCACCCCAAUGAUGUGGAAGAAGAGUGGGGAAAACUCAUCAUUGAGAUGCUGGAGCGAGAGAAAUCCCUCCGUCCAGCCGUAGAGAGGCUGGAAUUGCUGCUACAGAUUGCAAACAAAAUUCAGAAUGGUGCUUUGAACUGUGAAGAAAAACUGACACUAGCUAAGAAUACACUGCAGGCUGAUGCUGCUCACCUGGAGGCCGGACAGCCAGUACAGUGUGAGUCAGAUGUCAUCAUGUACAUUCAGGAGUGUGAAGGUCUCAUCAGGCAGCUGCAGGUGGAUCUCCAGAUCCUACGGGAUGAAAAUUACUACCAGCUAGAAGAGCUGGCCUUUAGGGUUAUGCGUCUACAGGAUGAGCUGGUCACUUUGCGCCUAGAGUGUACAAACUUGUACUGGAAGGGCCAUUUCACUUCACUUGAAUUGGCUCCACCCUCUACUUUUACCACUAGUCACCUGAAAACAGAACCUCUGACCAAGGCAACCCAUUCUUCUUCUACCUCGUGGUUCCGAAAGCCCAUGACUCGGGCUGAACUCGUGUCUAUCUCCUCUUCUGAAGAUGAAGGCAAUCUCCGAUUUGUUUAUGAACUGCUAUCUUGGGUAGAAGAAAUGCAGAUGAAACUGGAACGAGCAGAGUGGGGCAAUGAUUUGCCUAGUGUGGAGCUGCAACUGGAAGCACAACAGCACAUCCAUACCAGUGUGGAAGAACUGGGCUCGAGUGUCAAAGAGGCCAGGUUGUAUGAGGGAAAAAUGUCCCAGAAUUUCCAUACCAGCUAUGUUGAAACUCUUGGAAAGCUGGAAACGCAGUAUUGUAAAUUGAAGGAGACUUCCAGUUUCCGGAUGCGGCACCUUCAGAGCCUACAUAAGUUUGUCUCCAGAGCGACAGCUGAGUUAAUCUGGUUGAAUGAGAAGGAGGAGGAAGAACUGGCAUAUGACUGGAGUGACAACAAUCCCAAUAUCUCAGCCAAGAGGAAUUACUUCUCUGAGUUGACAAUGGAACUGGAGAAGAAGCAGGAUGUGUUUCGAUCUCUACAAGACACAGCAGAACUGCUGUCACUUGAAAACCACCCGGCCAAGCAGACCGUGGAGGCAUACAGUGCUGCUGUCCAGUCGCAGUUACAGUGGAUGAGGCAGCUGUGCUUGUGUGUUGAACAGCACGUAAAAGAGAACACAGCUUACUUUCAGUUCUUCAGUGAUGCCCGAGACCUUGAAUCAUUCUUGAAGAACCUCCAGGACUCCAUUAAACGAAAAUACUCCUGUGACCACAACACCAGCCUGUCCCGGCUUGAGGACCUGCUCCAGGACUCCAUGGAUGAAAAGGAGCAGCUUAUACAGUCCAAGAGUUCAGUUGCCAGUCUUGUUGGGAGAUCAAAAGCCAUUAUUCAGCUGAAGCCACGCCGUCCAGACCAUGUGCUAAAGAGCACCAUUUCUGUGAAGGCCAUCUGUGACUAUCGCCAAAUUGAGAUUACUAUUUGUAAGAACGAUGAGUGUGUGCUGGAAGAUAACUCUCAGCGGACCAAAUGGAAGGUGAUCAGCCCCACAGGGAAUGAGGCAAUGGUGCCAUCAGUCUGCUUCCUCAUCCCUGCACCCAAUAAGGACGCCAUUGAGAUGGCCAGCAGGGUGGAACAAUCUUAUCAGAAGGUGAUGGCUGUUUGGCAUCAGCUACAUGUUAACACCAAAAGCCUUAUCUCCUGGAAUUACCUGCGAAAAGACCUUGACCUUGUGCAGACCUGGAACCUAGAAAAGCUUCGAUCCUCAGCACCAGGGGAGUGCCACCAGGUGAUGAAAAACCUCCAAGCCCAUUAUGAAGACUUUCUGCAGGAUAGUCAUGACUCUGCACUCUUCUCAGUGGCUGAUCGCCUGCGCAUAGAAGAGGAAGUAGAAACUUGUAAAGCCCACUUCCAGCACCUGAUGAAGUCCAUGGAGAAUGAGGACAAAGAGGAGACUGUGGCCAGGAUAUACAUAUCAGAGCUGAAGAAUAUCCGGCUACGCCUAGAGGAGUGUGAGCAGAGGCUGGUCAAACGAAUUCAGUCUCCAGCCAGCUCUAGGACUGACAAAGAUGCCCGGCAGGACAUUGCAUUAAGGAUUGCAGAGCAAGAGCAUACUCAGGAGGAUCUGCAGCAACUGAAGUCUGAGUUGGGUACUGUUUCUACAAAAUGCAACAGCUUCCUCCACCAGUCUCCAUCUGGUUCGAGUGUCCCAACUCUGCGUUCAGAGCUGAAUCUUCUGGUGGAGAAGAUGGACCAUGUCUAUGGUCUGUCUGCUGUCUAUCUGAAUAAAUUAAAGACAAUCGACGUUAUAGUGCGUAACAUACAGGAUGCUGAACUCUUGGUCAAAGGUUAUGAAAUCAAGCUGAGUCAAGAAGAAGCAGUACCAGCAGAUCUCUCAGCUCUGGAAUCCCAUCGGUCCACGUUACGGCACUGGCUUAGUGAUGUGAAGGACAAGAAUUCAGUGUUCUCAGUCCUGGAUGAGGAAAUCGCCAAGGCCAAGGUGGUGGCAGAGCAGCUAAGUCGUCUGACACCAGAGCGAAGCCUGGAUUUGGAGCGCUGUCAGGAAAAAGGCUCUCAGCUGCAGGAGCGUUGGCACCGUGUCAUUGCCCAGUUAGAGACCCGCCAAUCUGAGCUAGAAAGUAUCCAAGAAGUUCUGGGAGAUUACAGAGCCUGCCAUGGAACUCUGAUCAAAUGGAUUGAAGAAACCACUGCCCAGCAGGAAAUGAUGAAGCCAGGCCAGGCAGAGGACAGCAGGGUGCUGUCAGAGCAGCUCAGCCAGCAGACGAAUCUAUUUGCAGAAAUUGAGAGAAAUCAGACAAAACUGGACCAGUGUCAAAAAUUUUCCCAGCAAUAUUCCACCAUUGUAAAGGACUAUGAGUUGCAACUGAUGACAUAUAAAGCCUUUGUGGAAUCACAGCAGAAGUCCCCUGGCAAACGCCGUCGCAUGCUUUCCUCUUCUGAUGCCAUUACACAAGAGUUCAUGGACCUGAGGACUCGUUAUACAGCACUGGUGACCUUAACGACUCAGCAUGUGAAGUACAUCAGUGAUGCACUCCGGCGGCUGGAGGAGGAAGAGAAAGUGGUAGAAGAGGAAAAACAAGAGCAUGUGGAGAAGGUUAAAGAACUCUUGGGUUGGGUAUCUACCCUGGCAAGAAAUACACAAGGAAAAAUUACCUCAUUCCACACCAGAGAAUCCACAGACAUUGAGAAGGCUAUUUGGGAACAGAAGGUUCUGGCAGAAGAGCUGACAACCAAGAAAGAACAAAUUUCUGAGGCCACUAAAACUUCACAGAUCUUCUUGGCUAAGCAUGGUCAUAAGCUCUCAGAAAAAGAGAAGGAGCAGAUAUCUGAGCAGUUGAACACGCUGAACAAGACUUACCAUGACCUUUGUGAUGGCUCAGCAGACCAGCUUCAGCAGCUUCAGAGCCAGCUGGCUCAGCAAACAGAGCAAAAGGGUUGCAGAGCAGUUGCUGGGGUGAUUGACCUAGGCACAGUGGAGAUAUUUCCCAUCUUCGGAGCCAUGCAAAAGGGCCUCAUUGACCAAGACACAGGCCUUGUGCUCCUGGAGUCCCAGGUUAUCGUGUCUGGCCUCAUUGCACCUGAGACCAGUGAAACGCUCUCUUUGGAGGAGGGCCUAGCCAGAAACCUCAUUAAUCCCCAGCUGUACCAGCAGCUCUUGGAGCUACAGAAUGCCCUGUUCUUAAUAAGCAGGCGUACUGAAAGCGGAGGCCCUCUUUCUGUGGUGGAAGCAAUUGAAAGGAGAAUAAUCAGUGAGAGAGUUGGACUGAAAGUCUUAGAAGCUUACCUGGCAACUGGAGAUUUCAGUCUCUCCCCAAGUGGGGAUUGUAUUAACCUGGAGGAGGCUUUUCGUCAAGGCUUCAUUUCUACUUGGCUUUAUUCAUUGGUAGAAUCUCACCUGAGAUCAUCUAAGAAUUUGAUCGACCCCAACACAGCUGAGAAAAUUAGUUUGUUGGAUCUGAUGCAGAGAUGUAUUAUCCAUAAGGAAUCCGGAUUGAGAUUACUGCCUGUGAAGCAGUUGGCAGGGGGAAUGGUGAGCUUGAAAUCAGGCCGGAAGGUUAGCAUUUUCCGUGCAGUUCAGGAAGGGCUAAUAGAUAGGCAGGUCACCGUCCGGCUGUUGGAAGCUCAGCUUUUUGCUGGUGGCAUAGUAGAUCCAAGAACAGGACAUAGACUUACAGUCCAAGAGGCUGUAAGACAUAAUUUGAUCGACCAAGAUAUGGCCUGUGCUAUUCUCAUAAGGCAGCUUCAGACAGGAGGCAUCAUCGACACUGUCACUGGGCAUCGCAUGACAAUAGAUGAAGCAGUGAGCAAUGAUCUAGUAUCUGCUAAGAUUGCUCUUGUGAUUCUAGAAUCCCUCUGGUCAUUCAUGGGAUUGUUACAGCCUGAUUCUGGGGAGAUGCUUCCAAUUAUAGAUGCCCUUGAACAAGGUAUUAUAUCUACUGAACUAGCACGUAAUAUCCUUAGUAAUCGACAGCAUAUUAAAGCCUUAUUUCUGCCAGCAACCACAGAGAUUUGGUCCUGGAAGAAGGCAGUAGAAAAUGGUAUCUUGGAUGAAGAUCUCGCCAAUAACUUAAAAUCAAUUUGUAUACCUGAUGUGGUGCCCAACAUGCAAUUAUUGGGCUCUUCAGAUCAAAGCAACUUGAGCAUUACUUCUGGAGCAGCAGCUGUACCAUGCAGCAAGGGCCACACUGAGGGCAUGGCAAACCAUGGCGAUAAGCUGUUGUUUCAACUGAUGACUCAUAGCUAUAUUAAUGUGCAGAAUGGACAGAGGCUGCUUCUGUUAGAUCAAGAGCUGAUGGAGACUCUAACAUCCAGAGGUGAAUAUCAAAUAAGUCCUCCAGAAGUGUUUGGAAUUGGGCAUCAAAGACUAUACAUCCAUAAGGAAUUGCAAGAAUCAGUGAAUAGGAACAUCACAGAAACUUUCAGUGAUGGGCUUAUGGUGAGGCCAUGUGAAUUCCAGUUUUCUUCUGAGAACAAAGGACAUCGCAAUCAGGAAGACUGCUCUGAAACAAAAGGUGAGAAGACUGACGUAGGAACAGAAUAUUCUUCUGUAGAGAAUCCUGAGAAGCAUCUGUUGGUAGGAGAACAAAACAUGAUUAAUGCAAAUCUUGACCCUUUGAAGGUUAUAAAUAAAAUCAAGUCAGAGUUACAAACACAGUUGUUAGGUACUAAAAAGGAAGCCCAAACAGAAAUGUCUGUCAGAGAAAAUGACGCCAGAGGACUUCUCCUGGUGGUACCUCCUAAAGAAGGGCCCCUACUUCGCAAAGAUCUUUUUUCUGCUGAAAUUCCAGAGGAAGAACAGGAAACUCCCAGAAAAACUUCCCUUGCAAGUCAGAAAGAAAAAGCAAAGAUUUGUAAUGUUAAACAUACUUCCCAUGACACUGAAAGACCUCUUAUAAAUUCCAAAAGCAAAAAAUCACAACUUCAGGUAGAGAAAUCUCUAGGUUUAAAAUCAGAAUUAAAGCCAAAAAAUGAAACGAAUAUUCAUUCUUUGGACGAAGAGAAAGUGUUACAUAUAAUGCAUUUGGCUCGGAAUGACGAUACACAAAGCCAAGAAGGACAAAAUAUUGCAGGUGGGAAUAGCAUGUUAGAAGAGAAUGAGACAGAAGAUAAUGGUAGUAAAACUUCUCUAUUGUGUAGUCAUCCUUCAGAAUUGCUUGAAGACGCUACCUUGAAUAUAUUAUGUGCACAGCUACUAGAUGGCGGUAUCAUUCAUGAAGAAACAGGUCAGAAGCUCUUACUAAAUGAAGCAGUAGCCCAGGGCAUUGUGCCCAGCCACACUGCUGUGAAACUUAUGGGAAAAUUGAACAUGUUUCGGGGCUUCUUUGACUCUCAGACCUGUGAGUCUUUGACAACUGAAGAAGUCAUUGAUGAAGGUCUGAUGGAUGAGAAAUUAUUACAAAAAGUCCUCAUGGCAGACAAGGCUAUCAGUGGUGUCAUAGACCCCCGGACCCACACACUGUGCUCUGUAAAAGAUGCAGUUACAAUUGGACUUCUUGACAAGGAAACAGCCAGCCGAAUUUUAGAAGGGCAGGUGGUAACUGGUGGAAUUGUUGACCUGAAACGAGGCAAAAGAGUUUCAGUAACUUUGGCCUUAAAUCUUGGCUUGGUAAACAUUACUGAUCAGACAGAGCUUAUAAAUCUGGAGAAAGCUUCCAAAGGCAAGAACACUGAAGAACGAGUUAGGGAGAGAUUAAUCAGUCUACAAAUGGAAACAACAGGACUUGUGGACCCUGCCAGCAAAGCCCCUUUAACCGUUGUACAGUCCAUUGACAGAGGUCUUUUGAAGAAAGAGGAGGCCAUUCAUUUGUUGACUAAGCAGGUGAUAGAUGGAGGUAUUAUUCACCAUACAUCUGGGAUGAGACUUUCUGUUGAUAAUGCCUGUAAACAUGGCUUGAUUGGUGAAGAUCUAGUCAAGCAACUCAAAAAAGUUGAGAAUGUAAACCUCCAUCAGUUUUUUCAUCCUGAAACAAAGGAAACACUUCCUCUCCCCAAAGCCAUAAAAUUAGAUCUUGUUGCCCCGGACUUUAAAAAAGAAAUACAAGAAAUUCAGACCUUUAGUGAAAACUUUGUGGAUCUCAUUUCUGACCAGAGACUGACCUUGGCAGAAGCUAACAAAGAAGGACUGUUAACUAAUAAAGCAGUAUUAUCUUCAAGAAUGAUGCAUGGGGUUGUAGAUCCUGAGGACUGCAGAAUUGUUCCAUACUCAGAAUUGGUAAAGAAAUGCAAGAUUGAUGUUGAGUCUGGACAGAGAUAUCUGGAAGUAAUUCCGUUCUCAAACAUUAAAGAUGGAAUGAGUGACAAAGUACUUUCACUGUCUGAAGCAAUUCAGCUAGGAAAGGUAGACUUUGUAUCUACAUUGAAGGUUUUGGAAGUGCAGGCAAAUACUGGUGGGAUCAUAGAUACAGCCACAGGGAAAAAACUGACAUUGGCAGCAGCUUUGGAUCAGAAACUGGUGGAUGAGAACAUGGCCAAAAUUAUUGCAUCUCAUCAAGUGUUAAGUGGAGGAAUUGUUGACAUAUUUAAUGAUAAGAGAGUAACUUUAACAGAAGCUGUUCAGAAAGGAUUUAUCAGCCCUAAACUAGCAACUGUGAUUCAAGCAGAUACUGUGAAGUCUGGUGAUCACACAACCCUUAUCAAAGAGCAAGAUGGAAUUGAAGUAUGUGAAGUAAAGGAUGAAUUUCUAAGAAAGGAGAAGUUAAUUGCUUAUAAGAAGACUGCCAGAAUGAGUUGUGAUAAAAGAGAAAGUGAGAGAUUAUUUGCACAAGAAAAAUUUAAAGGAAAAGUUUCCAAUGUGAAGCAGGCAAAAAAGAAGAGAGAAAUUUCUGAAUUGGAGGGCAGGGAUGGUGAAAAAGAAAGAGCUUCUGCAGAUACUGCAGGAUCUGUGAGUGUUAUAACCCCUAGUAACAUUAACAAGAAAUCUUCAAGUCAAGGUUCAGUGCCACAUCCUUACUCAGAAGUUUCUGAUUUUAAACUCAGAGUGGCUAGAAAUAACAUGGAAAAAAAUACAAAUGUAGAGCAGGAGAAAGUAAUGACAAAAAUAGAAAUAAUCACUCAUAUGAAGCAGUCUACUUCAGGUCUGGAAGCUGAAGAAGCAACAGAAAAUCAAGAGGAAAUUAUUUCAGAAGUACAAGAGUCUAAUCGCAAACCACCAGGCAGAUUUGUCAGUGAGCAGCCAGUAAAUACUAGGGAGAAAAGUAAGGGAGAGAAGAGGGAGGUGACUAUAGAGAAAAGUGUCAGCACAUGCAAACAAACAGUUCUUUCUGAAAAAAAGUUGACUCAGAAAACUGCUGGUAGAGAUGAGCAUGACUCUACUAUAAAGAGUCUGUCUAUGGAAGUGUUCAAAGGUGAAAAAGGGGAGGAAGCUGAUAAAGAUGUAGAACUCCCUGUUAUUUGUAAAAUUGAAGACUUUUCUUCCCAAAUGACACCCAAAGGAAUUUCUGUAAGAAAUCAAGAUGCUUUAACAUUCUUUACACAAAUCAGUGAUGACGAAGGAAAAAAUGGAAGCCUCUGUUUGACUUUUAAAACAGGAGAAAAUUUAUCUCAAAAAAUUUCUGCUGGGGCCCAGAGUGAGCCAUUGUCUUCUGUGGCCCCAAGAACUGAAGGAUCACACUACCAGCAACUAGUUGGAAAACCUCAAAUUACAGGUACAUCACAAAUGUCCAGAGCAAUCAAGAUUGUCCAAGGAACUACCAGACAGGAGACCAACUUUAACCAAGGUUCCUGCAUUACUUCUGAGACCAAGGAAACCAAAGAUCUGAUUUUCCCAUCUAAAGAAGCUAAAGAAAAGUCAGACCAAGAAGUAUAUUUUGAUUCAACAAGCACUCUUAAAUUAGAAAAAACAGUUUCUAGAAUAGAUCCAAAAGAAGUCAGUUAUCCAGAAUCCUCAGACAGGAAAGGCCUCCUUUAUGAGGAGAGCAAAGAUGAUCCUGAACUUUGUGAAAUUCUCAAAUCUAAAAUAACAACAUCUCAGGAUACAAAUGGAGAAAAAUUUCGAGAAGUAAGCCCUGUAGUUACAGGUCCAGAAGCAGGGUCCCUUGAAGCCAUAGUGACACAGAAGGUUCCCAGAGUCUUGGUAUCCCUUCUUCCAGAGAAACUUCUCAAAGAUGUGUCAGAGAAAGAGAGUACAGGACAACAGGACAACAUCGUCACUCUUACUGUUCCGGAAACCAGUGAAGAAAUGGCAGUUCCCCUGACCUCAUGCUCUUCAGUGACGAUGGAUGGGAAGAAACCACAGGAAAAGCUCAGAGAACAAACUCCUUGCAUGGCUGCACCUGAGGGAAAGGGAAAGAGUGGAGGUGUAAACCCAGAGCCCUUGAGAGCAACUCAAAAUGUGUUUAACCGGCAACUCUGUUUAGAACAUGAUGAGAAGCUGGUGUCCUAUCUGUCUCUGUUACGGGACAUUGAAAUGAGGACCAAACAGAUUCAACCUUUGGAACUUAACCUGGCAGAAUUAAAGGACCUGGUGUGUCAGGCGAAGGUAUUAGACAGGGAGCUACAGGACCUGUCCACUUUGGUGAGUCAGGAAUUGGAAUGUGUGAACCAGAUUAUUGUCAGCCAGCCUCAAGAAGUCCCUGCUCAGCUGUUGAAAGCUCUAGAGAAAGAUGCCAAGAAUCUUCAGAAGUCUCUCAGCUCUGUGAGCAACGCUUGGAGCACCAGACUGCUCCAUCUCCAGAAUGCUGUGGAAGUAGAAAAGACCACAGUGUUAAAUCAGCACAUGCAGCUGGAAGGCAAACUUCAAGAUCUGAGAGCCUGGGUUGGCAGUACCAGUGUUAUUCUGAACAACAAACAGUGUGACAGUGAAAUAGAUGUCGACAGCCUGAGUCAUGCUCUCCAGCAGUAUAAAGAUUUGAAGCAGCCCUUGGCCGAAAGGAAAUCUCAGCUGGAUGCUCUUGCUUUUGAUAUUCAGUUCUUUAUCGCUGAGCAUGCACAGGACUUGUCCCCUCAGCAGAAUCGACAGAUGCUGAAGCUUCUGAAUGAAUUGCAGAGGUCCUUCCAGGACCUUGUGGACUGUAUUGCAGCUCAGAUGGAUGCCUUGCAGGGUCGCCUUCAACAAAUGCAGCAGGAAGCCCAGGUUAAGACUCUGCAGAAACAACAAAAUACCUGUCAUCAGAAACUAGAGGAUCUAUGCAGCUGGGUAGGACAGGCGGAAAGAGCACUGGUGAGCCACCAGGGCAGAGCCUCCCAGCAGGAACUUUCUGCUUUGCAGAAGAACCAAAGUGACUUGAAGGAUUUGCAAGAUGAUAUUCAGAAUCAUGCCACUGCAUUUACCACUGUUGUCAAAGACACUGAAGUGUUCCUGGAAGAGAACCAGACCAAACUGAACCCUCAGGAGUUGACAGCUCUUCAGGAAAAGCUUCACCAGGCUAAGGAGCAAUAUGAAGCUCUCCAGGAACAGACCCGGGUGGCCCAGAAGGAGUUGGAGGAAGCAGUUAGCUCAGCCUUGCAGCAGGAGACUGAAAAGAGUAAAGCAGCAAAGGAACUGGCAGAGAACCAGAGUAAGAUUGAUGCUCUCUUGAAUUGGGUGACUUCCAUGGGCUCAUCGGGUGGACAGCUACAGACCACCUUUCCAGGAACGAAGCAGCUUUCUGGAGCUAGCCCCGCACAAGGAUCUUUGGAUACCACUGACGGCCACAUGGGGGUGAACCAUGCCCCAGAGAAUCUGGACAGGCAGUGUGAGAAGAUGAAGGCCCAUCACCAAGAGUUACUGUCCCAGCAGCAAAAUUUCGUUCUGGCCACCCAAUCAGCUCAGGCUUUUCUGGAGCAGCAUGGCCACAACCUCACACCUGAGGAACAACAGAAGCUGCAAGAGAAGCUAGGAGAUCUUAAGGAGCAAUAUGCAACUUCUUUGGCACGGUCUGAGGCAGAGCUAAAGCAGGUGCAGACGCUGCGGGAUGAGCUGCAGAAAUUCCUGCAGGACCACAGAGAAUUUGAAUGCUGGCUGGAGCGGUCUGAGAAAGAGCUGGAGAACAUGCAUAAGAGAGGCAUUGGCCCUGAAGCACUGCCUUCCUUGCUAAAGCAGCAGGGAAGCUUCUCAGAGGAUGUCAUUUCCCACAAAGGAGACUUAAGAUUUGUGACUAUCUCAGGGCAAAAAGUCUUGGAUGCAGAAAACAGCUCUGAGGAAAACAAAGAACCAUCAACAACUAGCAGUUUAGUGAAGGAGAGGCUGAAGGAUACAACAGAAAGAUAUACUGCUCUCCACUCGAAGUGUACACAAUUGGGCUCUCACUUGAACUUGCUGCUAGGCCAGUAUCAGCAAUUCCAGAGCAGCACUGACAGUCUGCAGUCCUGGAUGCAGGCUUGUGAGGCUAAUGUGAAGAAGCUUCUCUCAGAAACUGUUGCUUCUGACCCUGGAGUCCUGCAACAGCAACUUGCAGUGACAAAGAAGUUGCAAGAGGAACUGGCUGAGCACCAAGUUCCUGUAGAAAAGCUCCAAAAAGUAGCUGAUGACUUCAUGGAAAUUGAAGGGGAGCCAGCCCUGGACACUAAGCAUGUUCAAGAAACUAAAGAUUCCAUCCUAGGCCAGUUCCAGAGCCUUUCCUGCACUCUGGCUGAGCGCUCUGCUCUGCUGCAGAAGGCGAUUGCUCAGUCGCAGAGUGUCCAGGAAAGCCUGGAAAGCCUACUACAAUCCAUCAGAGAAGUUGAACAAAACCUGGAAGGGGAGCAGGUGACAUCCCUGUCAUCAGGAGUCAUCCAAGAAGCCUUGGCCAAUAAUAUGAAAUUAAAGCAGGACAUUGCUAGGCAAAAGAGCAGCUUGGAGGCCACCCAUGAGAUGGUGACCCAGUUCAUGGAGACAGCAGACAGUACCACAGCAGCGGUGCUACAGGGCAAACUGGUGGAGGUGAACCAGCGCUUUGAACAGCUGCUACUACAGCAGCAAGAAAAGGAGAGCACCUUGAAGAAGCUCCUUCCCCAGACAGAGAUGUUUGAACAGCUCUCUGACAAGCUACAGCAGUUCAUGGAAAGUAAAAGUCGGAUGUUGGCCUCUGGGAAUCAGCCAGAUCAAGAUAUUGCACAUUUCUCCCAGCAGAUCCAGGAGCUCACUUUGGAAAUGGAAGACCAACAGGAGAACCUAGAUACUCUUGAGCACCUGGUCACUGCACUGGGCUCUUGUGGCUUUGCACUGGACUUGUCCCAACACCAGAACAAGAUACAGAAUCUCAAAAAGGACUUCACUGAACUUCAGAAAACAGUUCAAGAAAGAGAGAAAGAUGCGUCAUCUUGCCGAGAGCAGUUAGAUGAGUUUCGGAAGCUGAUUAGGACCUUCCAAAAUUGGCUGAGAGAAACUGAAGGAAAUAUUCCACCUUCAGAGACUUUCAUGAGUGCUAAAGAGCUGGAAAAGCAGAUUGAGCACCUGAAGCAUCUCCUGGAUGACUGGACAAGUAAAGGAACACUGGUGGAAGAAAUCAAUUGCAAAGGCACAUCUUUAGAAAAUCUCAUCACAGAGAUCACAGCACCUGAUUCCCCAGCCAAGACAGGUUCCAUACUGCCCUCUGUAGGAAGCUCUUUAGGCAGUGUAAACGGAUACCAUACCUGCAAAGACCUGACGGAGAUCCAGUGUGACAUGUCAGAUGUAAAUGUGAAGUAUGAGAAGCUAGGGAGCGUACUGCGGGAUCGCCAGGAAAGCCUUCAGGCUGUCCUCAGCAGGAUGGAGGAAGUUCAGAAGGAGGCGAGCACAGUGCUGCAGUGGCUGGAAUCAAAAGAGGAAGUCCUGAGAACCAUGGAUGCCACUUUGUCUCCCACCAAGACGGAAACAGUGAAAGCCCAAGCUGAAUCUAACAAGGCCUUCCUGGCUGAAUUGGAACAGAAUUUUCCAAAAAUCCAAAAAGCAAAGGAAGCCUUAGCUGGAUUACUAAUGACAUAUCCCAACUCACAAGAAGCAGAAAAUUGGAAGAAAAUGCAAGAGGAGCUCAACUCCCGAUGGGAAAGGGCCACUGAGGUGACUAUGGCUCGGCAGAAGCAGCUAGAGGAGUCUGCAAGCCAUCUGGCCGGCUUCCAGGCAGCAGAAUCCCAGCUCCGGCCCUGGCUGAUGGAGAAGGAGCUGAUGAUGGGCGUGCUGGGGCCCCUGUCUAUUGAUCCCAAUAUGUUGAAUGCACAAAAGCAGCAGGUCCAGUUUAUGCUGAAGGAAUUUGAAGCGCGCAGGCAACAGCAUGAGCAGCUGAAUGAGGCGGCUCGGGGCAUUCUCACAGGCCCGGGAGAUGUUUCUCCAUCCACCAGCCAAGUACAGAAAGAACUCCAGAGCAUCAAUCAGAAGUGGGUUGAACUAACUAACAAAUUGAAUUCCCGUUCCAGCCAAAUUGACCAAGCUAUUGUCAAAAGCACGCAAUACCAAGAAUUGCUCCAGGACUUAUCUGAGAAGGUGAAAGCAGUUGGGCUGCGUCUAAGCAGCCAGUCAGCCAUCAGCACCCAGCCUGAAGCUGUAAAGCAGCAAUUGGAGGAGACCAGUGAGAUUCGAUCUGACUUGGAGCAACUUCACAGUGAGAUUAAGGAGGCCCAGACACUGUGCAAUGACCUCUCAAUGCUUAUUGGUGAGCAGUACCUCAAAGAUGAGCUCAAGAAGCGUUUAGAGACGGUCACCCUGCCACUCCAAGGCCUAGAAGAUCUUGCAGCUGAUCGCAUGAACAGACUCCAGGCAGCCCUUGCCAGUACCCAGCAGUUUCAGCAAAUGUUUGAUGAGCUGAGGAGUUGGUUGGAUGACAAACAAAGCCAGCAAGCAAAAAACUGCCCAAUUUCUGCAAAAUUAGAGCAGAUACAGUCUCAGUUACAGGAGAAUGAAGAGUUUCAAAAGAGCCUUAAUCAACACAGUGGUUCUUAUGAGGUGAUUGUAGCUGAGGGAGAGUCUCUGCUGCUCUCUGUUCCUCCUGGAGAAGAGAAAAGGACUUUACAAAACCAGAUGGUUGAACUCAAAAGUCAUUGGGAAGAACUUAGUAAAAAAACUGCUGAUAGACAAACCAGACUCAAGGACUGCAUGCAGAAAGCUCAGAAGUAUCAGUGGCAUGUGGAAGACCUUGUGCCAUGGAUAGAAGAUUGUAAGGCCAAGUUAUCAGAGUUGCAAGUCACUCUGGACCCAGUGCAACUCGAGUCUGGUCUCCUGAGGUCAAAGGCUAUGCUCAGUGAGGUGGAGAAGCGCCGCUCCUUGCUGGAAAUACUGAAUAGUGCUGCUGACAUUCUCAUCAAUUCUUCAGAAACAGAUGAGGAUGAUAUUCGGGACGAGAAGGCUGGGAUCAACCAGAACAUGGAUGUCAUUACACUAGAGCUACAGGCCAAAACAGGGUUGCUUGAAGAAAUGAGUCAGAGGCUCAAAGAGUUCCAAGAAAGCUUUAAGAAUAUUGAAAAGAAGGUGGAAGGAGCCAAACAUCAACUUGAAAUCUUUGAUGCUCUGGGCUCUCAAGCCUGUAGCAACAAGAAUCUGGAGAAGCUGAGGGCUCAACAGGAAGUGCUGCAGGCCCUGGAACCUCAGGUAGACUAUCUGAGGAACUUCACUCAGGGGCUGGUAGAAGAUGCGCCAGAUGGAUCUGAUGCUUCCCAACUUCUGCAUCAAGCUGAGGUUGCCCAGCAAGAGUUCCUAGAAGUGAAGCAAAGAGUGAAUAGUGGUUGCGUGACAAUGGAAAACAAGUUGGAGGGCAUUGGCCAGUUUCACUGCCGAGUCCGGGAGAUGUUUUCUCAAUUGGCAGACCUGGACGAUGAGCUGGAUGGCAUGGGUGCUAUUGGCAGAGACACAGAUAGCCUCCAGUCCCAAAUUGAGGAUGUAUGGCUGUUUCUUAACAAAAUCCAAGCCCUCAGGUUUGACAUAGAGGCCUCUGAAGCAGAGUGCCAACAAAUGCUGGAAGAAGAGGGGACUCUGGACUUGCUGGGUCUGAAGAGGGAGCUAGAAGCUCUGAACAAACAGUGCAGUAAACUGACAGAGAGGGGAAAAGCUCGCCAGGAACAGCUAGAGCUGACAUUGGGCCGUGUAGAGGACUUCUACAGGAAAUUGAAAGCACUGAAUGAUGCGACCACUGCAGCAGAGGAAGGAGAUGCCCUCCAGUGGGUAGUGGGGACGGAAGUGGAUGUCAUCAACCAACAAUUAGCAGAUUUUAAAAUGUUUCAGAAAGAACAAGUGGAUCCUCUUCAGAUGAAAUUGCAGCAAGUGAAUGGACUUGGCCAGGGAUUAAUUCAGAGCGCAGGAAAGAACUGUGACGUGCAAGGUUUAGAACAUGACAUGGAAGAGAUCAAUGCUCGAUGGAAUACACUGAAUAAAAAGGUUGCUCAAAGAAUUGCACAACUACAGGAGGCCUUGUUGCAUUGUGGGAAGUUUCAAGAUGCCCUAGAGCCAUUGCUCAGCUGGUUGGCAGACACUGAGGAGCUCAUAGCCAAUCAGAAACCUCCAUCUGCUGAGUAUAAAGUGGUGAAAGCACAGAUCCAAGAGCAGAAGCUGCUCCAACGGCUCCUAGAUGACCGAAAGGCCACAGUAGACAUGCUUCAAGCCGAAGGAGACAGAAUAGCCCAGUCUGCUGAGCUGGCUGAUAGAGAGAAAAUCACUGGACAGCUAGCAAGUCUUGAAAGUAGAUGGACUGAACUACUGAGCAAGGCAGCAGCCAGGCAAAAACAGCUGGAAGAUAUCCUGGUUCUGGCCAAACAAUUCCACGAAACAGCUGAGCCUAUUUCUGACUUCUUAUCUGUCACAGAGAAAAAGCUUGCUAACUCAGAACCUGUUGGCACUCAAACUGCCAAAAUACAGCAGCAGAUCAUUCGGCAUAAGGCUCUGGAGGAAGAAAUAGAAAACCAUGCAGCAGAUGUGCACCAGGCAGUGAACAUUGGGCAGUCGCUGUCCUCCCUGACCUGUCCUGCAGAACAGGGCGUACUGUCAGAAAAGCUAGACUUGUUGCAGGCCCGGUACAGUGAAAUUCAAGACCGGUGCUGUCGGAAGGCAGCCCUGCUUGAACAAGCACUGUGCAAUGCUAGACUGUUUGGGGAGGAUGAGGUGGAAGUGCUCAACUGGCUGGCUGAGGCUGAGGACAAGCUCAGUUCAGUGUUCGUAAAGGAUUACAGACAGGAUGUCCUGCAGAAACAGCAUGCUGAUCACCUGGCUUUAAAUGAAGAGAUUGUUAAUAGAAAGAAGAAUGUAGAUCAAGCUAUUAAAAAUGGUCAGGCUCUUCUAAAACAAACCACAGGUGAAGAGGUAUUGCUUAUCCAGGAGAAACUGGAUGGAAUAAAGACGCGCUAUGUGGACAUCACUGUCACCAGCUCUAAGGCUCUCAGAACUUUAGAGCAGGCCCGGCAACUGGCCACCAAAUUCCAGUCCACAUAUGAGGAACUGACUGGAUGGAUGAGAGAGGUGGAGGAGGAGCUGGCAGCCAGUGGAGGACAGUCUCCCACGGGGGAGCAGAUACCCCAGUUUCAGCAAAGACAGAAGGAAUUAAAGAAAGAGGUCAUGGAGCACAGACUGGUGUUGGACACAGUGAAUGAGGUGAGCCGUGCCCUCUUAGAACUGGUGCCCUGGAGAGCCAGAGAAGGGCUGGAUAAACUUGUGUCAGAUGCCAACGAGCAAUACAAACUGAUCAGUGACACUGUUGGACAAAGAGUGGAUGAAAUCGAUGCUGCUAUUCAGAGAUCACAACAGUAUGAACAAGCUGCCGAUGCAGAACUAGCUUGGGUUGCUGAAACAAAACGGAAGCUGAUGGCUCUGGGUCCAAUUCGACUUGAACAGGACCAGACCACAGCUCAGCUGCAAGUGCAAAAGGCUUUCUCCAUUGACAUAAUUCGACACAAAGACUCUAUGGAUGAACUCUUCAGUCACCGUGGUGAAAUCUUUGGUACAUGUGGAGAGGAGCAGAAAGCUGUAUUACAGGAAAAAACAGAAUCUCUAAUAUGCCAAUAUGAAGCCAUUAGCCUACUUAAUUCCGAGCGUUAUGCCCGCCUCGAGCGGGCACAGGUCUUGGUGAACCAGUUUUGGGAAACUUACGAAGAGCUUAGCCCUUGGAUUGAGGAAACUCGGGCACUGAUAGCACAGUUACCUCCGCCUGCUAUUGAUCAUGAACAGCUCAGGCAGCAACAAGAAGAAAUGAGGCAACUGAGGGAAUCCAUUGCUGAACACAAACCUCAUAUUGAUAAGCUACUAAAGAUAGGCCCACAACUAAAGGAGUUAAACCCAGAGGAAGGGAAAAUGGUGGAAGAAAAAUACCAGAAAGCAGAAAACAUGUAUGCCCAAAUUAAAGAGGAAGUGCGUCAGCGGGCUCUGGCUCUGGAUGAGGCUACCUCCCAGUCUGCUCAGAUUACAGAGUUCCAUGAUAAAAUUGAGCCCAUGUUGGAGACUCUGGAGAAUCUUUCAUCUCGCCUCCGUAUGCCACCCCUCAUCCCUGCUGAAGUGGACAAGAUCAGAGAGUGCAUCAGUGACAAUAAGAGUGCCACCAUGGAACUCGAAAAGCUGCAACCAUCUUUUGAGGCCCUGAAGCGCUGUGGAGAAGAGCUCAUUGGGCGAUCUCAGGGAGCAGACAAGGAUCUGGCUGCAAAAGAAAUUCAGGACAAACUGGAUCAAAUGGUGUUCUUCUGGGAGGACAUCAAAGCUCGGGCUGAAGAACGAGAAAUUAAAUUCCUUGAUGUCCUUGAAUUGGCGGAAAAAUUCUGGUAUGACAUGGCUGCUCUCUUGACCACCAUCAGAGACACCCAGGAUAUCGUCCACGACUUAGAAAGCCCAGGCAUUGACCCCUCCAUCAUCAAGCAACAGGUUGAAGCUGCUGAGACUAUUAAGGAGGAGACAGAUGGUCUACAUGAGGAGUUGGAAUUUAUUAGAAUCCUUGGAGCAGAUUUGAUUUUUGCCUGUGGUGAAACUGAGAAGCCCGAAGUGAAGAAGAGCAUUGAUGAGAUGAAUAAUGCUUGGGAGAACUUAAACAAAACAUGGAAAGAGAGGCUUGAAAAACUUGAGGAUGCUAUGCAAGCCGCUGUGCAUUACCAAGACACUCUUCAGGCUAUGUUUGAUUGGCUGGAUAAUACUGUGAUCAAACUCUGCACCAUGCCCCCUGUUGGCACUGACCUCAACACUGUUAAAGAUCAGUUAAAUGAGAUGAAGGAGUUCAAAGUGGAAGUUUACCAACAGCAAAUUGAGAUGGAGAAGCUCAAUCACCAGGGUGAACUAAUGUUAAAGAAAGCUACUGAUGAAACAGACAGAGACAUUAUACGAGAACCAUUGACAGAACUCAAACACCUCUGGGAGAACCUGGGUGAAAAAAUUGCCUACAGACAGCAUAAGCUAGAAGGUGCUCUCUUGGCCCUUGGCCAGUUCCAGCAUGCCUUAGAGGAACUUAUGGGCUGGCUGACUCACACCGAAGAGUUGCUAGAUGCUCAGAGACCAAUAAGUGGAGACCCAAAAGUCAUUGAAGUUGAGCUUGCAAAGCACCAUGUUCUGAAAAAUGACGUUUUGGCUCAUCAAGCCACAGUGGAAACAGUCAAUAAAGCUGGCAAUGAGCUUCUUGAAUCUAGUGCUGGAGAUGAUGCCAGCAGCCUACGAAGCCGCUUGGAAACUAUGAACCAGUGCUGGGAGUCUGUGUUGCAGAAAACAGAGGAGAGAGAACAGCAGCUGCAGUCAACACUGCAGCAGGCCCAAGGUUUCCACAGUGAAAUUGAAGAUUUCCUUUUGGAGCUGACUAGAAUGGAGAGCCAGCUGUCUACAUCUAAGCCCACAGGAGGACUUCCUGAAACUGCUAGGGAGCAGCUUGAUACACACAUGGAACUAUAUUCCCAGUUGAAAGCCAAGGAAGAGACUUAUAAUCAACUGCUUGACAAAGGCAGGCUCAUGCUCCUAAGCCGUGAUGAUUCCGGGUCUGGCUCAAAGACAGAGCAGAGUGUAGCACUCUUGGAGCAGAAAUGGCAUGUGGUCAGCAGUAAGCUGGAAGAAAGAAAGUUAAAGCUGGAAGAGGCCCUCAACUUGGCAACAGAAUUCCAGAAUUCCCUACAAGAAUUUAUCAACUGGCUUACUCUAGCAGAGCAGAGUUUAAACAUCGCUUCUUCCCCUAGCCUGAUUUUAAACACUGUCCUUUCUCAGAUAGAGGAUCACAAGGUUUUUGCUAGUGAAGUAAAUGCCCAUCGAGACCACAUCAUAGAGCUGGACCAAACAGGGAAUCAGUUGAAGUUCCUUAGCCAAAAACAGGAUGUUGUUUUGAUCAAGAAUUUGUUAGUUAGUGUCCAAUCUCGGUGGGAAAAAGUUGUCCAGCGAUCUAUUGAAAGAGGGCGAUCACUAGAUGAUGCCAGGAAGCGGGCAAAACAAUUCCAUGAAGCUUGGAAGAAACUGAUUGACUGGCUAGAAGAUGCAGAGAGUCACCUAGACUCAGAAUUGGAGAUAUCCAAUGACCCAGACAAAAUUAAACUUCAGCUUUCUAAGCAUAAGGAGUUUCAGAAAACACUUGGUGGCAAACAGCCUGUGUAUGAUACCACAAUUAGGACUGGGAGGGCAUUGAAAGAGAAGACUCUGCUGACUGAUGAUGCACAGAAACUUGACAACUUACUGGGAGAAGUCAGAGACAAAUGGGAUACUGUUUGUGGCAAGUCUGUGGAGCGGUUUUCCAGAAGGAGCUAGGAAAGCGAACAGGAACUGUUCAGGUCCUGAAGCGGUCAGGUAGAGAACUGAUUGAAAACAGUCGAGAUGACACCACUUGGGUAAAAGGACAGCUGCAGGAACUGAGCACUCGCUGGGACACUGUUUGUAAACUCUCUGUUUCCAAGCAAAGCCGUCUUGAGCAGGCCUUAAAACAAGCUGAAGAGUUUCGAGACACUGUCCACAUGCUGUUGGAGUGGCUUUCUGAAGCAGAGCAAACUCUUCGCUUUCGAGGGGCACUUCCUGAUGACACAGAAGCCCUGCAGUCUCUCAUUGAUACCCACAAGGAGUUCAUGAAGAAAGUGGAAGAAAAGCGAGUGGAUGUGAAUGCAGCAGUGGCCAUGGGAGAAGUGGUCCUGGCUGUCUGCCACCCUGACUGCAUCACGACCAUUAAACACUGGAUCACAAUCAUCCGGGCUCGCUUUGAGGAAGUCCUAACAUGGGCAAAGCAACACCAGCAGCGCCUGGAAACUGCCCUGUCAGAGCUGGUGGCUAACGCUGAGCUCCUGGAAGAACUUUUGGCAUGGAUCCAGUGGGCCGAGACUACUCUCAUUCAGCGAGAUCAGGAACCAAUCCCUCAGAACAUUGACAGAGUUAAAGCCCUUAUCGCUGAGCAUCAGACAUUUAUGGAAGAGAUGACUCGAAAACAGCCUGAUGUGGACCGGGUCACCAAGACAUACAAAAGGAAGAAUGUGGAACCUACCCAUGCUCCUUUCAUUGAGAAAUCCCGUGGUGGUGGCAGGAAGCCCUUGAGUCAGCCCACACCUCCUCCCAUACCAAUCCUUUCACAGUCUGAAGCGAAAAACCCACGGAUCAACCAGCUCUCUGCCCGGUGGCAACAGGUUUGGCUGUUAGCGCUGGAGCGCCAGCGGAAGCUGAACGAUGCCUUGGAUCGCCUGGAGGAGUUGAAGGAAUUCGCCAACUUUGACUUUGAUGUCUGGAGAAAAAAGUAUAUGCGUUGGAUGAAUCACAAGAAGUCUCGGGUGAUGGAUUUCUUCCGACGCAUUGACAAGGACCAAGAUGGGAAGAUAACACGUCAGGAGUUUAUUGAUGGCAUUUUAGCAUCGAAGUUCCCUACCACCAAGUUAGAGAUGACCGCUGUGGCUGACAUUUUCGACCGGGACGGCGAUGGCUACAUCGACUACUAUGAAUUUGUGGCCGCUCUCCAUCCCAAUAAGGAUGCUUACCGACCGACAACCGAUGCAGAUAAAAUUGAGGAUGAGGUCACAAGACAAGUGGCUCAGUGCAAGUGUGCAAAAAGAUUUCAGGUGGAGCAGAUUGGAGAGAAUAAGUACCGGUUCUUCCUCGGCAAUCAGUUCGGGGAUUCUCAGCAGUUGCGGCUGGUCCGUAUUCUGCGCAGCACAGUGAUGGUCCGAGUUGGUGGCGGAUGGAUGGCCUUGGAUGAAUUUUUAGUGAAAAAUGAUCCCUGCCGAGUUCACCAUCCUGGGAGUAAAAUAAAGCGCUCUGAUUCCAGCUCUUCGAUUUCCAGUCAGUCUCCCAUAGCACGAGGUAGAACUAACCUCGAGCUUAGAGAGAAGUUCAUCCUACCAGAGGGAGCAUCCCAGGGAAUGACCCCUUUCCGAUCCCGGGGUCGAAGAUCCAAGCCGUCUUCUCGGGCAGCUUCUCCCACCCGCUCUAGCUCAAGUGCUAGUCAGAGUAACCACAGCUGUACAUCCAUGCCCUCUUCUCCAGCCACACCAGCCAGCGGAACGAAGACUCCACUUCAGUUCUCUCGCUGUUAUGACAAACCUUGGCUGGUAAACAGUAAAGCGGGCACCCCUGUCAGGGACAGCCAUUGUCCUGACCUCCAGCUGCCCAGCCCCGAGAUCAUUCCAUCAACAGGCAGCAAGUUGAAACGACCAACACCAACUUUCCAUUCUAGUCGAACAUCCCUCGCUGGUGAUACCAGCAAUAGCUCUUCCCCAGCAUCCACAGGUGCCAAAACUAAUCGGACAGACCCUAAAAAGUCAGCCAGUCGCCCUGGAAGCCGGGCUGGAAGUCGAGCUGGGAGUCGCGCCAGCAGCCGGCGAGGAAGCGAUGCCUCUGACUUUGACCUUUUAGAGACGCAGUCAGCUUGUUCAGACACUUCAGAAAGCAGCGCUGCGGGGGGCCAGGGUAGCUCCAGGAGAGGGCUGACCAAACCUUCCAAAAUCCCAACCAUGUCCAAGAAGACCACCACUGCCUCCCCCAGGACUCCAGGUCCCAAGCGGUAACACUGUCUAAGCCCCCACGCCACUAUCCACUUUGAAUCCCACUCCAUACAUUGGAUGUAUAUUUAUUCUGAAUGGGAGAAGUUAUAUUGUUAAAAGUGUAAAAGAAUAAUUGUGUUAUGAAGCUGCCUUAUUUUUUUUUUUCUUUUUGUAAGUUACUAUUUUCAUGUGAAUAUUUAUGUAGAUAAAAUUCGCCUCCUGGUAACCCUGUGAUGGAUGGGGCCCAGAAAUGAAAUAUUUGAGAAAAACAAAUGAAAAGGUCAAGACACAAAUAUGUAUUAAAAAAAAAGAAAGAAAGAAAGAAAGAAAAGCCUCUAAGUAGGGUUUCUGCGUGGUGCAGGCUUGUACACCUGCUUUAUCUUUUAGGAUUAUUCCUAAAUGCAUCUUUAUAAACUUGCCUUGCUGACUCAGCAAGAUAAAUUAUAUUAAAAAAAAAAUAAGAAUCCUGCAGUGUUUAAGGAACUCUUUUUAUAAUCACAGACGCCUCAGUUAGCAAGAACGGAGGGGAGGGCACUCAUAACUGUGUUUCCAUUGUUUCAGUGUUGUGUGAUUUUAGCCGAAGAGCGGGACCCUCAUCUAGGCAGCAUUUGCACACAGUUCAGCAAAGGCGUUGACUGCAAUACUGACUUGGAAUACUGUCCAGCGCUGGGUGGACGGACACGUAGCUACUAGAAUUCAGGGGUAAAUGUAACUGUUUAGAAAAUGUCAGAACAUUGGGCUUUUAAACCGAUUUGUAACUAUCCAGCCUCCCCACCAGUAGUCCCUGUGCUCACCAGGCCCCAGACCCUUGGUGAGGGAGACUCCUUGGUGGCACUGUGGAUUACAGAUUUGUUUAUCUGCACUUUUUACCUGCUAUUUAUUUAAAUGGUCGAUCAGCUUCCCACAAACUGAGGAAUGAAUUCCACGAGCCUAUUCUGAAAAUGUGGACCUGAGACAAAUACUUGCUCAUCCUUUAAUGGAGCUCACCAGCACACUUGUUCACCAGUCCUGUUCGCUUCCGUCUUUUUUGUGCGUAAUAAAGUCAACUGACCAAUUGACCACAGAGGAGCUGUCUGGGGCUCCUGUUUUUUAGCUGCUGUUCCUCUUCAGCUCCGACCAUGUUGCUGUGUGAUUAUCUCAAUUGGUUUUAAUUGAGGCAGAAACUGAAGCUCUACCAAUGAACUGUUUAAAACAAGACACACUUUUGUAUUAAAAUUGCUUGCAGUAACAAA